UUUCGCGAGAAAGAGAGAGAGAGAGAGAGUGUGAGUGAGCGAGAUCUCCCUCCUUCCUCAUCAUCACUUCUCAGAGACAUCUCCAAUUUCAAAACCCCCAAACACCCUUCCCAAAACCCUAUUCUCCACUCUCCACACCCCCAAUUAUUCACCGCCUCCAAACAAACCCCUCACUCCUCUUCCAUUCUCCGUCGCCACCGCCCUUCUCUCGCUUCUUCCUCGGCUAGUUCCAAAGUCUCCCGCAGACUCAAAGCAUUUGAGCUCGAACAGUGUAAAUCGGCACGAAAGGCCCAAAUCGACAGAGAAAAAUCUCUUAAAUCGCUCGCAAAAUCGCUAACCGUAUGGCUCAAUUUCUUGCUUCAGAACCCAGUUUCAUGUGGUUGCGAUUUGUCGAAAAUGACUGGUCAAUAUGGGUUUGAGGAAUCGGAUGUGAAAUUGGUGUCUGGGAAUGGGGAGAGGGAGAGCAGUCGAGGCGGUGGGGUUGGAGUGGAUACUCCGUGGCGGUGCCCCAAGAGGCAGAGGGAUUCGGGUUGGCGUGGCGUGGCGAGAGAAGAGAGUGCGGUGUUUUCGAAUUCGAAGCUUUUGGCUUUGCAAUCCUCGUUACGGGAUGUUUGUAGUUUUGACGAUUUGAAAGAGCGAAUGAAGGUUUACUUGAGCUUGGGUAGUUGUAAAGAAAUUUUCAAUGUGAUGACUCAAGUAACAAAGAAUAUAGAUGAAGGAAGAUUGAAAAUGAAGCCACACUGCCCUAUUGUAACAGAUGUUGGGUUGAAGGAGAAGGCCUCGAGAAUCCUUAUGUGUUAUAACCCAAUUUGGCUCCGGAUUGGGUUAUGUAUUAUUUUUGGUGGUGAUUCAUUAUUGUUAGACGAGGACAUAAAUUCUGAAAAGAAAAUUGCAUUCUUGAAGAUGGUUAUUGAGAAGCAGUUUUUUUUCUCAUGCUGGUCUAGCUAGAGUUUAUGCUUAUGACAAGUUGGUUGAGGGUUUAUAUAGACCAGGUUACUUUGAGGCAUUGGGGGAUGUUAUAUUGAAGAGAUUU